AUGUCCGCACCAGGUCCUCCAAGAAAACCCUUCAAGUACGUCGAAGAACUUCUCCUCCACUCGGAAAUCGUAUCAGGUCAUCCUAUUGCCGAAAAACUUAGCAACAUGCGCGAAGCGCUUGAAUCUGGUGCUGAUCCAAACGCCCUAGACAAUGUCCGACGUGCUGAACAGAGUAGGGGGCGACCACUUCAUUAUGCUACUGAUACUCUCCACUUCGAUUUUAUGCCUCGAUAUGAGAAUCUCCCUAUUGUAGAGUUGUUAUUGGAAUUUGGCGCUGAUCCACAAAUGGAGGGUAUGGGGGGAACUAGAGAAUCGCCAUUGAAGGAUGUGGAGAGAAUAGUGAAGAAUACUUGGACGAGUCUUGGUGAGAGGGAUGUGGAGUUUUUCAAAGCGGCAUUGUUAGUGAUGAAGGAGAAAGUGAGGGAGUUAGAAGGUUGGGUUUCGGAUUCGAUCUCGCUUAAUAAGACUGACUUGUUUCUAUAG